ACCGAGGCGCAGACGUCACGUUGCUCCGCACGGGAGAAGGAGCGUCAGCGGUUGUUUUCCUCUCGGUUGUUUUCACGGCGCUCCUCGGACUAAUAUGCCUCCUUUCUUCGGGAAUAACGCAGCGCGGGGAAACAUGGCUCGACGUGUCGGCUGAGCCGAGCGGAGCCGCGUACUGAGCAGCAGCCGCGGACGUCCUCACCCGCACGAGCCGAGCUCCGACUCCGAGCCCGGGAGGACGGACUCUCCAUAAGCGUCGCGGUGCUCCGCUCCUCUCAGCUCGGCGUCUUUCCGAGUUCCGAGCCUGCCUGAGCAGCGGGCCGUUUCCGGGUGUAGAAAUGGACCGAGGCGGCUGCCAGAUGAGCGGCGGUGGAGGAGGUGGAGGCGGCCCCGGCCCCGGCCCGGGCCUGGGCCCCGACAGAGCGGGGAUGAUCACUCUGGAGGACCUGGAGUCCUUCUCCGAGGACCAGCUGUCAGACUCGGGGAACGGCAGCCUGGAGGAGGAGGGGGAGACCAUGGAGGAGGACGAGGACCAAGACCGCCUGCUGCACUACUGGCAGGACGUGGCCCGGGGACACCAGGUGGAGGUCUCCCAAGACAUGGCUGAACCCAUCCAGCAGCUCACCAGCAACAACCAGGGACGAAGCCACAGAGAGGCCGUCCCCUUCACCCUGCUGGGACGCAAGGACAAGUGUGGGGAGCUGCUCUAUGAGAAGCGGCACUAUGAGAAGGGCCACUGGGCCUGCAUCACGAUGCGCGAGGACACGUACGAGCAGAGCAUCUGCUACGGCUUCAUGAGGAUCAUGAGGUACAUCUGCCAGCAGAACUCCUCGGGCGACUACCUGGGCAUGACGCUGCCCAUCGUGACGGUGGUGCGCACGGACCAGGACCGCUCCGUCAUCUCCCACGACGUCACGGUGGCGUACUACCUCCCCGCCGAGCACCAGGCCCAGCCGCCGCGGCCCCACGACCCCGGGAUCGCCGUCGAGCUGUGGCCCGCCGCCGUGGUGUACAGCAGACCCUUCGGCGGGCCGACCAACGAGGCCACCAUCAUGGACCAGAUCAGUGCCAUGGCCGAGCUGCUGGACUCUGCGGCCCUUUGUGUCCACGACUCCUUCAUCGUGGCCGGCUACACCAACCCCGCCCACAGCAACCGUCAGAAUGAGAUCUGGUUCCUGGAGCGACGCUGAGGAGCGUCCCGGCCCCCCCGGUCCCCCCGGACCCAUACGGCCCCCCUUACACUGCCCCAGCUCAGCUACAGCCUCAGGUGCAACAUCUGGUUUAGUGUCCACUCUCCCUGAUACGACCACCAGCCUCACACUCCACAGCUAUCAGGUCUGGAUCUUUGAACACACACUCAGCCCUCACUCUAACCUCAGUGAACCUCCCAUCAGCGUCACCCUCGGCUCAAACUCACCCUGUCCCCCCGGACUGACCUCCACUGCCAGGCGCUCGUCCGCACGGACGCUGCGAUGAGUCGUCUUCACCCCCUGUCCGGAGCGCAGUGCUGUCCAGCUCCCGGUAGACACCAGCCUUAUCGUGCUCCUCUGCUCUCUGCUGCACAGCCAUGUCUCUUCAGUGUCUCGUCCACUCUCUGGGCUCUGGGCUCUGUGACUCGCUGCAGGUCACACGCCGGCGUGACGCCACUCACACCUCGCAUUGUGUUUUAAUAAAAAGUGCAAUAUUUGUAAGACACCUGAAAAUCAAAACGUGUCUGGGCUCAAAGCCAGUCUUAGGGUGUGUGUUCAGGUUGGUUACAGUCAGAGGGAGGAACACCUCAGAUAGUAGCUUCAACCUUCCAGGAGCUCCACACAAGCAGGAAAACACCCGAAACAAUGAAUGUAACAACAAAUCUCACUGCUCCAGACCAAAAGCUGAUUCUGACCUUACUGCUGAACGACAAUCAAAGUACUUUAAAACGGAGGUCUGCAGCUGUGGAGACAAAUGUGGACCUACAGUGGCUCUACAGCUCCUCUAUAGUGGCUCUAUAGUGGCUCUACAGCUGCUCUAUAGUGGCUCUAUAGUGACUCUAUAGUGGCUCUACAGCUGUUCUAUAGUGGCUCUACAGUUUAAUCAGGAGCUCUGAGAUGAGCCACAAACUACUGAAGAUGAUCUGAAACAGUUUAAAUUAAAACAGCUGUAAAGGUUAAAAAACUAACCGAUUCUUUUCAUUUUAAAUUUAAAACUGUUUCGAUGCUCCAGUGGUAAAAACGGCUGCAGACCUGUGGUCAGGUCCACUUCCAUCAACAUCCAUCUGAAGAAUAACAGUCCAGUGCCAUGCCUUUCUCCCUCCGGCAGCAGACCCCUCCCUCCCGGCAGCAGACCCCUCCCUCCCGGCAGCAGACCCCUCCCUCCCGGCAGCAGACCCCUCCCUCCGGCAGCAGACCCCUCCCUCCCGGCAGCAGACCCCUCCCUCCCUGCAGCAGACCCCUCCCUCCCGGCAGCAGACCCCUCCCUCCCUGCAGCAGACCCCUCCCUCCGGCAGCAGACCCCUCCCUCCCUGCAGCAGACCCCUCCCUCCCGGCAGCAGACCCCUCCCUCCACUCCUUUGCUGUGCUGACAGAUUCAGUCUCGGAGCCCGUCCCAGAUCCAGGUGAAGACUCAGCUGCUGAGGGAGGAAGCCAGGGACAUCACUGUCCAGGGACUCACUGUCCAGGGACAUCACUGUCCAGGGACUCACUGUCCAGGGACAUCACUGUCCAGGGACAUCACUGUCCAGGGACUCACUGUCCAGGGACAUCACUGUCCAGGGACAUCACUGUCCAGGGACUCACUGUCCAGGGACUCACUGUCCAGGGACUCACUGUCCAACUCAGACAGGUCGUCCUCCACAGAGAGUGAUGGAAAGCAAAACAGAGCAGCAGAGGCCUGGAGUUCUGGAGGACGCCCCGUCCCGUCCUCAUGUCCACAUGGAGACGUUCAGAUCCAAAGAGUCUGUUUUUCAUUGAAUGAUUGUAGCUGUCAGCUCUGUGUCUGGAGGGUGAAGACACUCAGAGCCAUGAGACAUGUAGGACAGCUGUCCCUUUAAGAGCAUGGGUUUAUGGGAACAUCAUCGCAUUUGUUUUUCUUCCUCUUUGCUUUUUUAGUGUUCUGCAGAAGUGUGCUGUACUGUGAACAGAAGCUACUGUGGUUUCCUGGGUUCAAUAAAGACGUGCUUGUCUCCUGUCUGUGGACAUGGA